UACAUACGCCAAAACCCUCAAUUAAUCCAAUUGACCAAUCUGUCAUUUCAAAAAUAGAAAAGGACAUUUCCGUAACUAACCACACACCUUCUCCUUCUUCUUUCUUGUUCUAGUUAUCUCUCACUCCACUGCAAGCAACAAAAAAAAAACACUCGUCUUUUUAAAUUCUAAACACAGUGAACAGUAAAAGCUGAAGUUAGGGUUAGGGUUUGGUUUCUCGAUGGCGUCUUCUUCCUCCGAUCCCGGAAAGUCCGCGGAGACAGCAGAAGCUCUGGUGGCGGCGAACGAUCAGCUUUUACUGUACAGAGGAUUGAAGAAAGCGAAGAAAGAGAGAGGCUGUACUGCCAAAGAACGAAUCAGUAAAAUGCCUCCGUGUGCCGCCGGGAAACGUAGCUCCAUCUACCGCGGUGUUACUAGGCAUAGAUGGACUGGUCGUUAUGAAGCGCAUCUUUGGGAUAAGAGUACAUGGAAUCAAAAUCAGAAUAAGAAAGGAAAGCAAGUUUACUUGGGGGCUUAUGAUGAUGAGGAAGCAGCGGCUAGAGCGUAUGAUCUUGCUGCUCUGAAAUAUUGGGGUCCUGGGACUCUCAUUAAUUUUCCUGUGACUGAUUAUACAAGAGAUCUCGAAGAAAUGCAGAACGUUUCGAGAGAAGAAUACCUUGCGUCUUUGCGUCGGAAGAGCAGUGGGUUUUCAAGAGGAUUAGCAAAAUAUCGUGGACUCUCAAGUCGAUGGGAUCCAUCAUAUGGCCGAAUGACUGGAUCGGAUUACUUCAGUAGUAUGCAUUAUGGUGCAGGGGAUGAUUCAGCUGCAGAAAGUGAAUACGUUAGUGGUUUCUGCUUAGAAAGAAAGUUUGAUUUAACAAAUCACAUCAAAUGGUGGGGAUCUAAUAAGAAUCGACAACCUGAUGCUGGAACAAAACAUGGUUUUGCUGGAGAUAUUUACAGUGAACUGAAAACAUGGGAACAGAAAGUCCAACCAACAGAACCAUACAAGAUGCCAGAGUUGGGCCGGCUCCACAAUGAGAAAAAGCAUAAAAGUUCUUCAAUCUCUGCCUUAAGUAUAUUAUCGCAGUCUGCUGCUUACAAGAGCAUGCAAGAGAAAGCGGCAAAAAGGCAAGAAAAUAGCAUUGAUAAUGAUGAGAAUGAGAACAAGAAUAUAGUCAAUGAGUUGGGUCGUGGGAAGGCGGUAGAGAAACCCUCAAAUCAUGAUGGUGACAAUGAUCGGCUUGGCAUUGCAAUGGGAAUGAGUGGGGCGUUGUCUCUUCAAAGAAAUGUUUAUCCAUUGACGCCAUUCUUGUCUACACCACUUUUGACAGCCUACAACACUGUUGAUCCACUGGUAGAUCCUGUUCUCUGGACAUCUCUCAUUCCUAUGCUUCCUGCUGGCCUUUCUCGUACAGCUGAGGUUACAAAGACAGAGACAGAUUCUUCAACGUACACUAUGUUUCAACCAGAGGAGUAAUUAGAAAUCUGAAUUUCUAAUUGAAAAAAGCCAAACACCCGAAAGCUGAGCUUGUACCAAACAAACAACAGUGUAAAGUUCUAAAAUCUGAAGAGCUCAAGCAAAUCUUAAGUAAUGCCCCCAUGGCCUUUUGCAAAUAUCUCAUGUAUUGCAGAGGUGGAAGAAAAGAAGUUACCAUAGUUUUACAUUAUGAAAUAGAUAUAUAGGAUUAUAGCACAGAUAUUUACAUUUCAAACCAGAUAUGUACCAGUUGAUAUCUCGAUCAUGUAUAUGCAGUCAGCAUUAGACAAAUUUUGAAUUUAUGCGGAGUAUUCUGUACAGAAUAUGAGAUGAACUUGCAUGGCCAUAAAUCGAUUUGCAUAGAAGUAUUUGUAUGUUUCUUUUAA